AUGGGCUGUUUUUGGUCAUCAGAGCCCCCUGAACGUAAUGCGCACAAUAGACUCGACAAUGCUAGACUAUCAUCCUCACAUCAAGUCUAUUCCUAUAGUGAAACUUACGUAAGAGCCCAGAUAAGCCCAAAAAACCCCGUCCAGUCUAGACCAGUAUCCUUGAACAAACCACGGCCACUUUUCGGAGAAUAUAAAUGCUCUGCUUGUGGUCACACUUGGACUAGCAGGCUUUGUUGGCCUAAUAGGUAUCAACUUUGCGAACUUUGCAAGAAGCAUGUGUAUCCACACAAGCAGAGAGAGUUACGGGCUUCUGAUUUCAAAGAUUCGAAAACUAAACAAGAACAUAAAAAGGAACUUUGUCAGAUGUGUCAACAGUUGGGACACUAUUGUGGGAAUAAUCGUAAACGUGAUUCGCGUUUGCGUCAGAGAAAACUAAGCUAUUGA